AAAACUGUACUUCUCUUGUAUCGUCUUUUUCAGAACCUGGCAAAGGAAAGUCAGAAAGGCUUUUCUGAUUCAAAUGGUCUUACCAUCAAACAUAAAACAUACCAUUUCCCAGAAAAAGCCUUAUUAAAGAUUUUCCAUUAUGUAAAUAUUGCUGAUCUAGCAAGAUGUGCUCAAGUUAGUCAAGCCUGGAUGCUACUAACUCAGAACAGUUAGUUAUGGAGUGAUAUCAAUUUUUCAUCAGUAAAGCAUAAGAUUCGGGGAAAAAUAGUAGUAAAUAUUUUGCAGAAGAGGCAUCCUUCUGUACUGUGCUUGAACCUUCGAGGUUGCUAUUCUCUUCGCUGGCCAAGCUUUAAAACCAUCAGUGAAUGUAGGAACUUACAAGAUUUAAAUCUCUCUGAAUGUCAGGGGUUGAAUGAUGAAUCAAUGAGAUUCAUAUCUGAAGGUUGCAGAUCUCUUCUCUAUUUAAAUUUGCCAUAUACAAAUAUUACUAAUGGAACACUACAACUUUUGUCAAGGAGCUUUCCCAAUUUGCAGUAUCUCAGUUUAGCUCACUGCAGAAAAUACAAAGGUUUACAGUACCUGGGCACUGGCACAGGAUGUCACAAGCUCAUCUGCUUGGACCUUUCAGGUUGCAUUCAGAUUUCAGUUGAUGGCUUCAGAAAUAUUGGCAAUGGCUGCAGUGGGAUUCAGGAUUUGCCAAUCAAUGAAAUGCCAACUCUUACAGACAGAUGUAUUCAAGCUCUGGUUAAAAAAUGUCAAAUAACAUCUGUAGUGUUUCUUGUCUCUCCACAUCUUUCUAAUACAACUUUUAAAGCCCUUACUGAAUGUAAACUUGUUAAAGUCAGGAUUGAAGGAAAUAACCAAAUUACUGACCUGAGUUUUAAGAUGACGAGUAAAUGCUACCAAUACAUCAGGCACAUUCAUUUUGUGGGAUGCCAGGAGAUAACAAACACUGGUCUGAAGAUGAUUUCAAAACUGAAAUAUAUUCUUGUCUUAAAUGUGGCAGACUGCUUAAGAAUCAGUGAUGGAGGUGUACGACCAUUUGUACGAGGUUCUUCAGGAGCUAAGCUGAGAGAGCUGAAUUUGGCUAACUGUAUCCAUGUCACUGAUGCUUCUGUCAAAGAAAUAGCACAAAGAUGUCAUCAACACUACCUUAAUCUACAUCACUGUGAAAAUGUUACUGAUGCUGGAAUUGAAGCUUUGGGAAAUAUGUUGUCAGUGAUAUCCAUCGAUCUCUCUGAAACAUCUCAGAUAUGUUUUUGUGGGAUUCUGGAUUUAUGGUGUCUUGAAUCCAUAGCCUGGCUCUACAUUUUGGGUUUGAGAGCCCUUGGCCGCCAUGGAAAAAUCAAGUAGCUUUCUCUAUUGGAAUGCAAAAACAUCAACGACACUGGGAUUCAGGUGUUCUGCAAAGGCACUAAGCAGCUGGAAUAUUGUCAUGUCUCCUGCUUCCAUCAGCUGACAGAUGAAGCUGUGAAAGCUUUGGCAUUUCACUGCCAUGAACUAACAUCUGUCAGCAUAGCUGGUUGUCCAAAGUUGACUGAUAUCUGUAUCCAGUACUUGGCCACAGCUUGCAAUUAUCUUCACUUCUUAGACAUCUCAGGUUGCAUUAAUCUUAGUGACAAAGCACUAAAAUGUCUUCGGAAAGGGUGUAAGCAACUCCAGAUUCUCAAGAUGCUCUACUGUAGAAAUAUUAUCAAACAAGCUGUCUUGAAAUAUACUGCCAAAUUGAAGCAACAAGACUAUAGUAAUGCUGACCCUCUUUCCUGGCUUGGCUGUGACAGGGAUGGUAACAUACCUUCACCAAAAAGCACAAGUGAGAACCUGGUUGAAUGAAUUCUUCAAAAUGAAGAAACGAAAAAACUAUGCACCAUCUAGAGUUGAAGGUUUGGAUUUGUUUUUUUGUCUGUUUUUCACAAGAACAUGAAAAGAACACUGCAUUAUUUUUCUUGAAAUUAAUCAGACUUCAAUAAAAGACCACAUUGAAUUAAUAAGGAUGUUCUGUAAAUCUUUCUCACAGGGGCAUGCAUGCCUUCAAGCAAUACAGCUGCACUGAAACGACACUGCUAACUUUCAAACGUUGAUUCAAGCUGUCUUCAUUUUUCAAUAUUAAGAGGUUUUUGUAGUCCCCUGCAGAGUAAGCAAUAAAUAAAUCUGUAUGUGUUUGGGGCUUAUUUGCCAUCAAGGUUUUCCAGAACAUAAACACUUCCACAGAACCUCCGCCUUGACGCGGCUGGUACUCAUCAAGUGCUUCUUGAA